GGAGUGGGGAAUACAUAAACAGGGGUUUUAACGGAAGUGACGUUUUCAAAUAAUACAUACACCGGAAAUGAGGUAGUUAUCACCUCCUUUGCAUCCUACAUUUUUUUUUUUUUAGGAAGUAUCCGUACAAGUGAAAGGUGAAUUAUUUUCCAUUCAUAGGUGGCUGAACGUGUUUUUAAAAUGUAAUGAACCAGUGUCAUUAGUGUAAUAGAUCCCUGAAGGGCAGGAAUUGGUCUCUUCCGUUAUGGGCGGGGCUAAAUUCGCGCAUGCGCAGAACAGAAGCUUUAAAGAGGCGCUCCUCCUCCUCCUACGCUACCAUGGAGGAGAGAGGAGUAACAUUAGAUUUCCUCACUGUGCAGACCGACAGCUAACAACUAUAUAAACAGGACAGAGAGAGGAGACUCACCGGGACUCGGUGUUCAGUCAGUGUUUGUCUCUGACCAGCAGCCUCUUCACCAGAUGUUUGUGCGCUGGCUGCUGCCGCUGCUCUGCGCUCUGUCCGCAGAGGCCGACUUCUUCCGCCUCGACAGCAUCUCCAAUGUCUCCUCUUACUAUUUUAAUUACAUCUAUUGCAACAUCUGGGAGGGGGAGUGUCAGCCCAACCAGGACGAUGCUACAGAGCAAGUUCCUAGCAGAGACCUCUGGGCAGGUUUUCCUCAGGACUACAUCAGCCUGCUGCAUCAGUGGUACUGUAGCCUGGGCCAGUGCUGUGAGUCUGGAGACUGCAGGGUCACCAACAACAUCACAGGUCUGGCGAGGGACCUUCAGAUGAAGCUCCACGGGCAGCACCUGGCUCAGACUGUGGUUCUGAAAGCCAUCCAGGGUUUCAUCAAUAACCCAGAGUCCAACAAGCCGCUGACGCUCUCCUUCCACGGCUGGUCCGGCACCGGCAAGAACUUUGUGGCACGGAUCAUUGCUGAUAACCUGUACCGUGACGGGGUGAAGAGCGAGUGUGUCCGACUGUUCAUCGCCCCGUUCCACUUCCCACACGCCAGACUGGUGGACACGUACAAGGGCCAGCUCAGAGAGGCGAUCCGGGACAUGGUGUUGCGCUGCCCUCAGACUCUGUUCAUCUUCGACGAGGCUGAGAAGCUUCACCCGGGCCUCAUCGAUGCCAUCAAACCCUACAUGGAUCACUACGACAACGUAGAUGGCGUCAGCUACCGCAGAGCCACCUUCCUCUUCCUCAGUAAUAUCGGUGGAGCAACGAUCAACGAUGUAGCGCUGGACUUCUGGCACUCUGGUCAGAAUCGAGAGGACAUCGGUAUGGAAGACCUGGAGCAUCGGCUACGAGCUGAAACUAUGGAGUCUCAUGGUGGCUUUGCUCAGAGUGAGCUGAUGUCCGGCCACUUGAUUGAUUUCUUUGUGCCAUUCCUGCCUCUGGAGUACCGCCAUGUCAAGCUCUGUGCACGGGACGCCUACGCAGCACGAGGUCUGGAGACAGAUGAGGCUACGCUGGAUGAGGUGGCCAAGGCGAUGCUGUAUGUCCCCAAAGAGGAGAGACUGUUCUCAGCCCAGGGAUGCAAGUCCAUUCCCCAGCGGAUCAACUUCUUUCUCCCCUAGAAGGAGAGACAGACAGACAAGAGAGACCUGGAGGAGGUGUGAGAUUGCUUUACCAGCCCAUCUGCAUACAGAGCCACAGAGGAGACGUGUCUGCUCUGCUCUACGUACUCUCCCCCCACAGAUACAACACGUGUCUGUCCAGGUCCCUCAGAGAAGGCCAGGCAGCAGGGCUGAUCCAGCAUUAGAGGGGAAAGCAGCGCGACCCACCCUGCAGACAUGAGUAGUGCCAGACGGUCAUCAUGUGCAGCACCUGCCCGGUUUGAAUCCUCACAGUAUCAAGACGGAGAGUCAGACAGUAUUAAUGGUUGUGCAGUGCAUGUCAUAGAGAGAUACACAUUAUUUUUUUUCCCCAAGAGUGAUCCGCCUAGUCUCGCCCUACCAUGCUGUGAUUGGCUAGUACUGGCUAGUACUACUGUGCUGUGAUUGGAGGAUGACCUGGAUAGCAAUGUGCUUUCCUAUACAUCAGUCACCUGUCACAGGAGAGAGAAUGAUGAAAAGCUGUUGUGUAGUGGGUUAACAGAAACUUUCACACUGAGAUUUGAGGCACAUACUGUACAAUACGUGAAUAUUCACUGUCAGUGUGGUAAAUCGCUAAAUGAUGCUGGUGACAGUGACUAGCAUGGCCAGCUAACGUCAGCUCGAGUGGGAGGCUGCUGCAGUAAUACAGUCACACAUUAACGUUAUAGCAGCAUCUGACUGUCAUUACCAACUAUAUAUCAGCCCAUAGAUCAAACAGUUGGCUAUUAACAGGCUGGUUAUUUACAGACAACACUUAGCCUAACGUUAUUCAAUCGAAUAUGUAUUGAUGUCUGGAUAAGCAAUAUCCGGCCACUGUGUUGGACGGGGGAAGACUGAAGGGGCAUGGCGGCAAUCAACCUUAAUUUAUUAUGGUAUUGCGAAACGUUCAGACUCAGACAAGAUUGCAAAAUAUUUAUUAGACAAUGUAUAAAACAAUUAUUUGUAUAACAAGAGAUGAAUGUAUACAAAAUUGCAAUCAAAACAUACGUCAAAUUGCAUUGAAGUCUAUGGGAUCUUCGGUUUUCUUCCCACCAAAAGGGGGGACUUUUUGGGAAGUACAUGUAUGUCAAUUUUACUCAUUUAGCUAGAUUGCUAAUUCCACCAUGCUUUAAUGCUACACUGGUUACAGAAAAUGAGCCAAACAAAGUUGUCACUCAUCUGGCGAUAGUAAUGUGCUUUCCUACGCUGUGACAAGAGUGUGCGGAUGAAGCAUUAAAUGGUUUACUCAUUUAGCGGCUGGCUAGUUAGCUGGCACAUGGGACAAGUUUGCCUCUGCCAGAAAUCUCCUUAGGUUUAGGCAACAAAUCUACUUUGUUAGGUUUCGGAAAAGAUCACGGUUAGGGCUGAAAUAAAUCCUUUCUGGCAGAAAGCCCUGAACGCAAAGACUUGUCCCCUGUGCAAAAUGAGCCCCAACAGUCGAUGCACAAGUACUAGCCAAUCACAGCACAGUAGGGCGGGGAUAGGCGGGACACUCUUGGGGUGAAAAAUAACGCGAGAGAUACUGAUUUUACAUUUUUUGUCACCAUUUAUGUCUGUUCACCUUGGCCAAAGUCUUAGUUGCACUGUGUUUUAAGUUUAGGUAAGUUCAUACCUCAUGUGUUGCAUGUUGUGCUGAUUAUUUAUUGACAUCAUUUGUGCCAGAUUUUAGCAUCUUACUGUACCAGGUUAUGUUUUGUGGAGUUGUUUAAAUAUACAUUUGGUGGUACUGUAAGGUAUUAGUCAAUAAUAGAUGGCACUGUAGUGUGAACAGUAUGGAAGUAUGUGUAACAGCUCACGUACUGUGGUGCAAAUGUUACUUGAAAUUGUUACUUGGAAAUGUGUGAGAGUACACGUCAAAACAAGGAAUAUUUGAAAGUUUUUUGUGUAAAAAAAUAUGUUUAAUAACAAUGCUUUUAAUAAUUUAUUUUUUAUUGUCAGUAAUUUCAUUGUUUCACAUGUCUUGCUGUCGUCAUCAUUACAUAAUAUACUGCUGUUAAUUUUGGGCAUAGUUAAGAAACAAUUAUUUUUAUUCACUGACUUUCUUUAUUGCUAUUAUUCAUGCAUUUACUUUCACAUACUCUCACACGGGUCUGAGUUGGUCUGCUUUCAGUGCCGAAGCUCAGGGUGACAUCACAAGAAGAAUGUGAAAAGAAAUGUCAGAAAUGGAAAUAAACGUUCACAUUAAACCAACA